AUGAGUUCGACGGUAUGGAACGGGCAGGACCAGACAAUGGCCUCGACUGGCGAGGACGACUUUCAUCAAUUUCUCGACAUGAGCAGCAUGGGAACUUUGGGCGAUGGCAUGCACUUCGACUUCCAAUCUUUCCAAGAUGGCUCUGCUCAGGGUCUGAUGAACCAACCGCGAGAUGCCCCCGACACAAUAAUGACCGACUCCGAUAAUCCAGGCCUAAUGUCUACACCAAACACGAUGCCCAUGUCAACGUCUACCGUUCAAUCAACCAUUCCCGCGCACAUGAUGACGCCCGCAAGCGAUCCGAUUUCUAAUAUCGACGCCCAGAUUCAAUAUCUCCAACAACAAAAGUUCCAACAGCAGCAGCGCCAGAUGCAAGAGCAGCAGGUCGCUUUCUUCCAUAAUCACAACCACUCAGUGCCCCCUACACCGCAAAGUCUCGAGAUGCCCAACAGUGGACAGUUCUAUUCACAGGCUGAGCAAAUUCCAACAUCAGGUGCUUACGACAGAAGUUAUCACCAACGCAUAAAGGAGCAAGAUAUGGCAUUCACACCUCUUGUUUCCCCCGCAGUAACCCCUUUGGACCCCAACUUCUCCAUGGACAGUGGCUAUACGAUUCCCAGCGCCUAUUUUAGUCCUCUGACUUCACCAGCUCUCCACGCUCAGAACGACCCCUCUACAGUCUACGACCCCCGCCUUACCAACACCAACAAUUCACCAAUUGAUGUAGAUCUCGACAGAUCGGCUGCUCCCGUCACCUCCGUUUUGGACUUGCCCAAGAAGGCUACAAGGAAAAAGACCGCAACCAAGACACGGGCAAAGGCUAGCAUUCGAAGUUCUCCAAUUGUCAAGCCUCAGCGCCGGAAAACGGGCCCCAGUCCGGCCAUCGUCUCACAUGUACUCAGUGAAGUUGAAGAGAACAAUGGCGCCUUUCUUCCUAUGCCUGCGACCUCUACGGACACCUCGGCAGAGGAGAAUUCAUCGGUUUCCCCUGAGGCCCUCUCGGAGAUGCCCCCACCGCCAAUCCCUAAUAGGAGAUCGACCAGCAAAUCGCCAUACAUCCAAGCGCAGUCAAGCAACCAGCAGACGCCCGUCUCUGGCCCUGUUGAUUCACGUCCAGCUCCAGCUACUCCCGCAUCGCUCAUGAAACUCCCGGCAUCCAGGGCAAGCAAGCAGGCAAAUGGGCCUCAAGAACCGGUUGUAUCUGAGCAUAUUGAAUCGCUCGAGUUGCCCGAGUCGGUAUCUGGCAAGACCAUGACCCCGGUCAUCUCGCGCUCUUCCGUGCAGUCUCCUUCUGUGGAACCCAUGUCUCGACGAGGAUCGAGCUUUCAGCCACUGCCAUCACCAGUAUUCACUAAGGCUUCAGGAACAGCAUCAGCAAGUGCGAGCCCCCAAUUGGCUCCCGGUUCGGCAGGCCCAUCCGCACGGAAAACUCCUCAACUCGCGCCUCGGUCGAGCAGGAAAAGGUCGACAGGUUCAGUACAUGUUUCGCCUGCAUUGUUACCUCGAAUAUCCCCUAGCAUCAAGCCUCUUCUCCCUGGCACACCGGGUAUGACACCAGCGGAGAGUGCUGCAUCGCAAUUGCUCAUGUCGAAAUCCAACUACCAAAAUAUCCUCGAGGGCAACAAGGUGCCAGGCGUUUCAUAUCCGAGCGAACUUUCAACAAAUCUAACGUCGAAGCGAACGUCGCACAAAAUCGCAGAGCAAGGGCGCCGUAACCGAAUCAACUCGGCGUUACAGGUCAUGGCUGGAUUAUUGCCUGGUGGAGACAAGACGAAUCUUGCGGAUGAAGGUGACAAGAAGGAUGGGAAACAAGCGAACGCGCAAAACAGCAAGGCUAGUGUUGUCGAAAACGCCAUCGUGCACAUGAAGAGCCUUGAGAAAGAAAAUGGCGAUCUGAAGAAAGAGGUCGAGGAACUUAAAAGACGGCUGGAGGGCUUGCAAGGGUCAACAGACGAUAAAGAAAAAGCAUGA